AUGUCGCUCCUGCGGCUGCCAGAUGAGAUUAUUUUCCUCAUAUCUGGAUUGUUCGACAAUCCUUACUGCCUCAACGCCUUCCUCCAGACAUGCCGCCGCCUCUACUUGCUCCUGAACCACUCUCUUUACCAAGGCGACAGCCCAUAUCAAAUUGCUUUGAAGUGGGGAAUCGAGAAUGGCUGUGAAAGAACGACCCAGUAUGCACUUGAAGCUGGGGCCCCUGCUGAUAAAUUUCCAUUACUUUAUGUUCCGCCAACCCGCCGUUCUCCAAUGCAGAUCGCUUGCAGGCUUGGAAACGAGGCUAUUGUGCGCCUGUUGCUGGAUCGUGGAGUCUCAGAGGACUCAGGCAUUGUCGGGAUGCAGGUGGCCGCGGAGCGCGGCCACGAUGAAGUAAUCCGACUCCUAGUUGACCGGGGUUUCUCACCCAAAGGACCUGCUGCGCGCGGCGAGUCACCUUUAAAUGAAGCAGUGAGAGGGAACAAGCUCUCCACCGUGAAGCUCUUGAUCUCCCUUGGCUGCGAUCCCCAUAUACCGGGCUUCUUUGGGCCAAGUCUGCUCUUUGAUGCGGCAAGUCUCGGGCAUGAUGAAAUACUUCGCUAUCUACUGGCGAGCGAGAACAUCGAGCCUCCGCUUGUUGACCACUUGGCUGUUUGUGCAGCAGCCUCAACUGGGAAAGAAACCACACUUGAUCUUCUAUUAAACUAUGGAGCAAGCCCGAUCCUGGACAGGAAAAACCUGAAGUUUUUGCCAUUGGUUCUGGCUGCCAAAAAGAAUCACUACGUCUUGGCAGAGAGACUGCGGGGAUCUUUAGAUUUGCAGAGUGUUAUAGCGUGUGGUACGCCCGAUGAUAUUGAUCAUAAAUUGCUAUUUCUUGUCAGCGCUGCGUGUGGCUGGACGGAUAUAGUUGCUGAUCUGAUUGAUCGUGGCUGUCCGGUCGACUUUGAAGAACCUACAUAUCCGGACCUUGGUGACCGCUGUGCUCACUUGGACUGCGGAUGGUUUAUCGGGCAAAAUUCGAGGAUGUCGCCCUUGGUGCUAGCUGCGCAUCGGGGCUGCUUGCAAGUAGUUGAGAAGCUGCUUAAUUGCAAUGCCGACUUGUCUGCAGCCCCCAAAUUGGAUGCGAUCGCUUCGGCAGUCCAUGGCUGUCAUAUCAAGAUCAUUGAAAUCCUUCUGGACCACUCAGCCGAUCCCCAACAUGACCGCGAUGAAUCACGAUUCCCUGUCCUGAGAUAA